AUGUCGUUUUUCCACAAGAAAACACCUCAAGAAAUUGUCCGUGAACAAAAGCUGAAUAUAGGACGUUCAAUUCGUGAAAUCACAAGAGAGUCCAAACGACUCGAACGCGAAGAACUUAAGUUAACAAAUGAAAUCAAAAAACAGGCUCGUGCUGGACGCACUAACACUGUCAAGGUUAUGGCUGCGGAUUUAGUGAGAACAAAACAACAAAUCGACAAACUGCAGACGGUAGUUGCCCAGCUCAACUCAACAAAAAUGAAACUGACAGAAAUGUCAUCUAUGGUAGCUGUCAACGACGCAAUGUCUGGUGUUACCAAUGCAAUGAGAAAGGUUAACGAAGCCACUAAACUCCCAGCAAUGCAAAAAGUCGUGAAUGACUUUGAGAAACAAAACAAUGAGUUAGGGAUUAAGACUACAAUGGUUGGCGAGAUGGUCAAUGACUCGUACCAAGGGGAGAACAUUGAAGAACAAACCGAGUUGGAAGUCGACAAAGUCUUAACAGAGAUUGGACUUGACGUUGAAAAUGGUCUGAAACCCGUCCCAGAGAGAAGGGAGGCAACAAGAAAGGUGAGAGAAAAGAAAAUCGUUCAAGUCGAAGGUGCUGAUGAUCAACCGGUCCAAGCUCCACAACCCGGAUCUUCAAAACCAAAGGCUUUCGACGAUGGUGACGACGAUGAUGAUGACGAUAUCGUCAAUAGAAUUGCAAACCUUUAA